AUGAGUGAAAUGUUGGAGUCACCGGUAAAAAUGCCAUUAUGCAAUCGAGCACGACAUCUUCAAAGUAGUAAUAUUGCAGAACUUAAUAACAUCUUCAACACCGAUACAAGAAAGACAACCGAAUUGUCAACACAUUGUAAGGAAGUAAUUCAUAAAGAGCUUACAUUUUGGCAUGAUCGUAUACAAUAUGAAAUGAAACAGACAGAUGAAAUAAUAGCAAAUUUAUAUGCAAGAAUGGAACGAAUAAAAAGACUUAAUCAAGAACUUCGUGAUCUUUUAAUAUAUUUUAAUGAUGACACGGACAGUUCGAUAACAUCAUCAUCAACAUAUUAG